CUGUCAGAAGUACGGAGGAGGGAAAGUAAGCUAGCUCCUGUAGUGACAUCAGUUCAUUCACGUUAGCUCCUCGGAGGCACGGAGUGAGUGGGAGGGUCUGUCGGCAUGCUAACACCUCUUCAGGCUUAGGAGUUUUAACAGUGAGGAGGUAAUUGCCACAAGUGCGGAUUACCGACAGCUCUCAGGUGACCGGACCGAUGAGAUGAUACUAAAACACAGCAGCAGUCCUCUUCUGCUCACCGUCACCUGCAUGUGCUUCUCAGGAGGGUUGCUGUGGUCCUACCAAGAAGAGGAUGUCACUGACGGUGGAGAGUGCUCGGAAAAUAACAUUUCCACAACAAAGUACCCCUGCAUGAAGUCAACUGGAGAAGUUACAACGUGUUACAGAAAAACAUGUUGCAAAGGCUUCAAGUUUGUGUUGGGCCAAUGCAUUCCUGAAGACUUUGAUGUGUGUGCUGGCGCCCCCUGUGAACAACAGUGCACUGACCAUUUUGGGCGAGUCGUGUGCACCUGUUACCCUGGUUACCGCUACGAUCGGGAACGCCACAGAAACCGACAGAGGCCUUACUGUUUGGACAUUGAUGAAUGUGCAGACAAAAACGUCUCUGCAUGCUCUCAGACCUGCGUGAAUUCUGUGGGGAGCUACAGGUGUGAGUGUGAGAAAGGCUAUUUCCUUGAAGAAGAUGGUAAAACAUGCACCAAGGGGGAGAGAGCAGUGCAUCUCUUUGAGAAAUCUGACAAUGUUAUGAAUGCUGGGACCUGCUCAGCCACAUGUGAUGAUUUCCUUCAGAUCAAGACAUCUGUUCUGCAGCUAAAGCAGAAGAUGGCCAUGCUGUCAAACAGUGCCGAUGUCCCCGAGCAGAUGACCAGCGAGAAAAUCCUGACGUCGCCCAUAUAUUUACCAGGGCCCCAAGGUCUCCAAGGACCUCCAGGAGAUCCAGGACCAGCAGGGCCUCCAGGCCUCAUGGGACUGGUGGGGGCCCCUGGGCCUCCUGGUCCAAGAGGCUUGAUGGGGCCAACUGGACCCACACCAGACCUGUCCCACAUCAAACGUGGCCCCCGAGGAGCAGUGGGGCCUCCAGGAGCACCAGGAAAAGAUGGCCUAAAGGGGGAUAGGGGAGCUCCUGGGCCUGUCGGACCACCAGGUCCUCCAGGAUCCUUUGACUUCUUGCUCCUGCUGAUGGCAGACAUCCGAAACGACAUCGCUGACCUGCAGAGUAAGGUGUACGGUCGGCCGAUGCACUCUCCAGGGGAGGACUUUCCCUCCGUCCCUGACAGCUGGAGGGACAACCAGGACAAUCUGGACACAGGCUCAGGAGAGGAAUACAGGGAACCCCCACCACGAACAGGUGGGGGACCUAAGAGGAAAAGGAAACCAGUACAAGACAGAACAGACUUUGACUGGAAUAUUUGAAGAUGGUGAGUUUGAAUGAGUAGUGCCAGGUGUAAAUAAUGAGAUGUUUUCUUUUUUAUUUAACUGUUUUUAAAUAGAAUGAACUGUAAAGUUUUGAUCACAGAUUUUUAUUUUUAUAUAAUACUUGGAUUUUGUGUGUAUAUUUUUAACAGAAGACUGUGCAGAUCUGUUUUUUAUGGUUUUGAAUUUUCAGAAACACAUGGCUCCUUCACAGCACAUUAAACAAGUCUCUCAUUAAA